AAGCAGAAAAAACAAGGCUUAAGCGUGUUUAUUCUUUGGGUGAUUGUAUUAAAGAAAGAGUAGCAUCAGAACCAUCCUCCGAACAAAGCAUUUGCAAAUAAGAUCAAAAGAUGUCGGUUUUUCUUGGCGGCAAGUGGAAACAGCUGGAAGACGAAAACUUAUCAGAUGAGGAGAAGAGACAGAAUGAUGGUGAAGAGAAGCAUGCUGGAUAAUCUUACUCACCAUGGUAUCGUAGUCGUAUUGUCGUAAAAACGAGCGCGCCAUCGAGCAUAAGCUUACUCACGACGCUAUACUCGUGCUGCAAAUUUUUAGAAGGUCGCUCGCUGCUGGAGAAGGUCUACCUCUUUAAUUGUGCUGCGUUUGUGGUAGACAAAGAUACCCUGUUCGCCUCGAUGCGCCGAAGAAAUUGUAGAUACCAUGCUGCUUACUGUUACUCACCGUGCUGUGGUGGUCUACGGCUGCCUUGCUCAGCAUGCACAUGCUGCAUCACCUUACUCUCUAGCUAGUUUUCUGUUUGUGUUUUGCAGCUACAAGAUUAUAGACAGCAGCGUCCUUGUUCCCUCGCUCAUGUAAAACUAAAAAGAAAACCUAUUACUAGACCAGUUGUUUGCAUCAUUUUGUUCUUCCUCCUCUUCCUUUCCAUACUACCAGCAGCUUUCCCAGCAGCUCCAAGACUCGCUCGACAACAACGAAUUUCUGCGAACGCAACUAACACAGCAGAAGCGGCAAAGCGACAUUCUGGUACAGGAGAAAAACAAAGCGGAGUUUGACGCGCGACAAGCCAAGGAGACAAUCGAGAAGCGGCUCGUGCCAGAGCUGCGGUAUCUGAAGGAGCAGCACAUCCUAAACCUCACCACGGAUCUGGAGCGAAAGGCGAUGGAGGCCGAGGACUAUGCCGUCGAAAACGCGUGGCUGAGAACGAAAAAGGACCUGGGCAACACGAAACUUUCCGUGCUCAAAGACCAAAGGGACGCGCUGGCACGAAAAUUGAAAGUCGCGGAACACAAAGUACUAGAGUUGCUUGUUUGAUGUCCUGUUUAUUCAAUCUUUCAUGUGUGGUUGGUUGUAGUUCUCGUUUUACUUGCAGUUCUUGCAUCAGGCGUAGGAAAAUUAUUUUCCUUCUUCCCAUCGGGUAGAACUACUAGUCCAGUCUCAUGCCCCUGCGCAUCAACAUGGCUCGGGCAUUUAACAUUUUCGCUGAGCGGCCGCGCCACCACUUCGUACUUGAGCAGAAAAUAAAUUCAACAUCACCUGCAACUACUCUCCAAAAGGUUCUGAUGGGUAGCGAGUACAAGAAGGAAGCGCAGGCGAGAAUAUAUAGCUUCGAGACCGAAAAGCGGGCACACGAGUCCACUCUGGCGAAAAAGGAGAUGCUGAUUCGUAGCCUGCAAAGGGAGAAGACAAGGUAGAAAUUUAUUGUUGUUACGCAGGAUGUUAGUGAACUAUCGUUCCUCUGUGAAGUAAAGGUAGAUUAAGAUAGCAAUAGGUUUUAUGAAUGCGGAUGCUAGAAUACCGACCAUCAAUAGUAUUCUUGCACUAAUUUUUUCACGUUCAUGCGACGAAGAUGGCAUAAGAUCUGCCAUAUGUUAUGAUAACAUCCAUGAUUCACACAUCAGCAUGUUCCAAGAGUUAACCAAGCUGCGGGCGCAAACUCCGGCGAACGUGGAGCCUUUGCAGAAGGAAAACGCGAAGCUCCUCCGUGAACUGCGACAGAUGCAGGUAGUACAGCGCCCAAAGAGCGUCGAGGACGUGUAUGGAAGCAGAAACAGCAAUCCCUGGUCAACAGCAGGUGGAGGCGGUACCGGUACAAGCGCAAGCAAAACCUGA